AUGGACGCUUAUCCGAUCACGAGCGAAGAUCCGGUAGUGCGUCGAAAGUUUGCCGAAAGCAUAUUCGAAAUAUUGCGUCCCCUGACGGCGUCCGAGAUGCCACGGAGCCGUGCCACCUCCGACGACGAAUCCUCCCAGUGUAGUGCCCUGUCCGAUCCAUUUUCGGACCUGGACGAAACGUACGUAAUGUUGGAUCAACGGAAAAAGAAACCUGGUACCGAUGAAGGCGACGAAAUGUUGCUGAUGAACCAGUUUACACCCGAGUUCCGGUCCACGUACGACGAGCUGAUGGGCUCGAACCGCCCGCGGAGCAGGCCGGAAGUAAGUGUGGAAAACAGUUUGGACAAGUGCGCCACGCCACGGGCUUCCGAGGCGGAGUCGAGGGGUUCGUUUAUGGACAUUCGAUCCGGAGACUUUAGUCCCAACUUUCGCUCGUUUAUCGACGAAAUGCUGGCCAAGUGUGACCUGCAGCAUCAUCUGGACGAGAAGAAGCGCAAGGAGCAGCAGCAGCACAAAAAGGAUCGCCGCGUGCGGACGAUCGUGUCGGAGGAAUCGUUCUGCGGGCUGGAGACGGACUCGCUGUCGGGCAUUUGGCGCAUGCUGGACGCCGUUUCGGAGGAUGAGUGCGAGCUGCUUCCGGUAUCGGGGCCCAACUACGAUCUGUACUAUGACCGGCGGUUCGAUUGGAUGACCCGGGACGAGAUUCCUUGGGAGCAAGUGGAGGCAUCCAAGAAAAAGUGCGAACAGUGGUUGAAAAUACCGGUCAUUUCAUCCACCGACAGCCUCAAGCCGAAGUAGACCCCCGAAGAUGGGAAGCAAACUUAAAAGUGUGUCGUAAAAAUAGUAGAUACUUUCAGAACGUGAUUUAUACACCUAUCUAUAAGUAGC